GAGCAGUACGUUUUCAUGUUUGUCAGUUGGUAACUUCACUUUGAGGUUACCAUUUGUAAUGGUUUUAAAUAAAGAAAAUAACCGUAGAAUCUAAACGAGGAUAAUUACAACAAACUGUGUUAAAGUGCAAAUAUGGAAGCACUUAUUCCUGUGAUUAACAAAUUGCAAGACGUUUUUAAUACAGUAGGGUCAGACGCCAUUCAACUGCCUCAAAUUAUUGUACUAGGAACGCAGAGCUCCGGUAAAAGUUCGGUAAUCGAAAGCAUUGUCGGACGAUCAUUCCUACCGAGAGGUACUGGGAUUGUAACUAGAAGACCUCUCAUCUUGCAACUCAUAUAUUGUCCUAAAGAUGACAAAGAACAUAGAUCUGCUUUGGACGCUACAGUCGACAUUGAGGAAUGGGGUACUUUUCUGCAUGCCAAAGGAAAAAUAUUCAAAAACUUCACCGAAAUAUGCAAAGAAAUUGAAAACGAAACUGAUCGUAUUGCCGGUAUAAAUAAAGGCGUAUGUCCGGAACCUAUUAAUUUAAAAAUCUACUCUACCAAAGUGGUUAACCUCACAUUAGUUGAUCUACCGGGCAUUACAAAGGUUCCCGUUGGUGAUCAGCCAGAGGAUAUCGAACAACAAAUUAGGGAAUUAGUUCUAAAAUAUAUAGCAAAUCCAAAUUCAAUAAUUUUAGCAGUUGUCACUGCUAACACUGACAUGGCUACAUCUGAGAGCUUGAAGAUUGCCAAAGACGUUGAUCCUGAUGGUCGAAGAACUUUAGCUGUAGUCACUAAACUAGAUCUCAUGGAUGCGGGUACUGACGCGAUUGACAUUUUGUGUGGUCGUGUGAUACCAGUAAAACUGGGGAUAAUUGGAGUCGUAAACCGAUCUCAACAGGAUAUUAUGAAUCACAAAACUAUCAAAGAUGCUCUUAAGGAUGAAGCAUCUUAUCUGCAAAGCAAAUAUCCUACUUUGGCAACAAGAAAUGGCACACCAUACUUGGCAAAAACUUUAAAUCGCCUACUAAUGCACCACAUUCGGGAUUGCCUGCCAGAUUUAAAGACGAGAGUUAACCUCAUGAUGUCGCAAUUUCAAUCUUUACUGUAUUCAUACGGGGAGGAUAUUUCCGAUAAAAGUAAAACCUUAUUACAAAUUAUAACCAAAUUUGCUUCCGCGUAUUGUGCGACAAUCGAAGGCACUGCACGCAAUAUAGAAACCACGGAGUUGUGCGGGGGCGCCAGAAUCUGUUACAUUUUUCACGAGACAUUCGGACGAACUUUAGACUCUAUUCAUCCAUUGGCUGGAUUAACACGCAUGGAUAUUUUAACCGCCAUUAGAAACGCUAACGGGCCACGACCCGCACUUUUUGUACCCGAAGUUUCUUUCGAGUUGUUAGUAAAGAGGCAAAUACGUAGAUUGGAAGAACCAUCUUUGCGUUGUGUGGAAUUGAUACACGAAGAAAUGCAACGCAUAAUACAGCAUUGCGGAAGUGAAGUUCAGCAGGAGAUGUUACGUUUUCCUAAGUUGUAUGAACGAAUUGUUGACGUAGUGACCAUUUUACUUCGACGCCGUUUGCCUACUACUAAUAUAAUGGUGGAAAAUCUAGUCGCCAUCGAAUUAGCUUAUAUAAAUACUAAACACCCGGAUUUUUAUAAGGAAAUUGCGGUUGUGCCCUCGAUGAUCAAGUCUGGCAAUACUAAUCGUCCAGAACGUCCUAAAUCGAUGUAUGUUAAGUCUUCUCCUAAGGAGCACAAUGAUACGGUGCAAAGUAGAGCACAGGUACAAGAUCAAGUUGAUUUCUUUAAUUAUCUCUUUCACAUCCUGCCUGGCACUAGUUACAAUGAAUUCGUCAGUGCUGUACAGAACCGAUCACCAUCACUACAUCAUAAUGAUAAAGAUGUAGUCCCUUGGAAUUCGUCACAUGACAAAAGAGCGGUACCGGAAACUAUAAAUGAAAAUCAUGUUGAAAGCUUACCCGAAAGCGUUUCAUCGGCAGAAGGUGACGUCCGAUCUCUUUUAAGCCCAGUUAAACCGGUCAACUUACUAGCGCAUGUUCCAUUUAGUAAUAAUUCAUUUAGGAAACUCUCAGAAAAUGAAGAGCACGAUUGUGAAAUUAUCGAGCGCCUUAUUAAGUCAUAUUUUUAUAUCGUUCGUAAAUCCAUACAGGAUACUGUACCAAAAGCUGUAAUGCAUUUCUUAGUGAAUUAUGUUAAGGAUAAUUUGCAGUCCGAAUUGGUUACUCAUCUGUACAAAGCAGAUAAUGCGGAUGAACUUUUGAAUGAAUCCGAACAUAUAGCACAAAGACGUAAAGAAGCGGCCGACAUGCUGAAGGCCCUGCAACGUGCGACACAAAUUAUAAGUGAAAUUAGAGAAACUCACAUGUGGUAAUUAAUUGUCAACCAGUAAUUUCUUCGCUAGUCAACAUGCAUCGCACCAAAUGCCAUCAUGUUAGUGAAAUAAUAUUGUACUUAGUUGAUCUAAUUUAUAAGAAUUUUUUUUUAUCAUGAAAUAAAAUUGUCACACUAUACUUACAUCUUUAAUUAAUAAAUUAUUGAUGUUAAAAUCGGCCAAUAUGUAUAAUUAUUGCGAACGCCAAUCCUCAGCCAAGCUCUGAAAAAUAAUUUGAUAACGUGACCUCAGCGGUCCAAGGUAAAACUUAUUAUGUAUUACCUUCAGUAUUUUUUUAUAAGCAUUUAAUUUUUUUGUACCGUACAUACGAAAAAAUGUAUGUAAGUAUAGUGCGACAAAAACAUCAGUUUAGUACACCUUGUUAAAUAAUCACCAGUAAAAAUUGAUCGCUGUUGUUAUAAGUUUGUACAGAUAUUACUCGCAUGAUUGUUGUUAGACAUCUCAUAUUCAAUGACUACAGUGGGUUUGUUAAAACUUUGGAAUCGAGUUUAAAGUUUUAGUUCCUGUUAAUGAUUCGUAGUAUUAUUUUUGAAGGAGAUGUAUUUGCUCGAUUCUUGUUUGAAAGUCAUAAAUACUAUAUUUGUGAGUUUCAGCUGUUGUGUGCUCUUUAAUAAAAAUUAUU